ACAUACCUGAUGAAAGCAACAGAGCUAAGGAAAGCAAUAAAGUUAGUGAGUGUUCAUGCAACUCCUAACAUUUCAAUUACUUCACAAACAAAUGCGCUCAGCAGAAUAAUGAAAUCCAUGAAGAGUACUACUAGUCCAGUACUGAUGUCGACACAGUUUCUGGUGUUCGCUGCUCUUAUUUUCAUCCUACCGCUCUUCAUCUCUCUGGCUCGAGCAGAAGUUCAUUACUACGAUUUUAUAGUUAAGGAGGUAAACUUCACUAGAUUGUGUGAAUCAAAGCUCAUGUUAGUAGUAAACGAGAGCUAUCCAGGUCCAGUAAUACGAGCUCGCAAAGGGGAUACAAUUUAUGUUAAUGUUUACAAUCAAGGAUUUUAUGGUUUCACCAUUCACUGGCAUGGAGUAAAGCAACCAAGAAAUCCAUGGUUUGAUGGCCCAGAAUAUGUGACACAAUGUCCAAUCUCACCCGGAACAAAUUUUACCUAUCAAGUUCAAUUGAGCACAGAAGAAGGAACUCUUUGGUGGCAUGCUCAUAGUGACUGGACUAGAGCAAGCGUUCACGGUGCCAUUGUCAUCUUGCCUGCCAUUGGAACAACAUUUCCAUUUCCUGAGCCUGAUGAAGAGGAGAUCAUUGUGUUCGGAUCUUGGUAUUUGGGAAAUUUGAAAGAACAGGUUGACGAGUGUCUGGACCCUGCAACCAACUCUAACUUACCUAUAGCAGCUGGUUACACAAUUAAUGGCCGGCUUGGAGAUUUUUCUCCAUGCUCCAAAAAUUCAACGUAUCGUCGUAAGGUGGACUAUGGCAAGACAUAUCUUCUUCGGAUAGUGAACGCAAACAUCGAUGUAGAGUUUUACUUUGCCAUUGCUGAACACAACCUCACUGUGGUUGGCUUGGACGGCUCCUAUACCAAACCCAUCAACACAGGCUAUAUAGUGAUAGCCCCUGGACAAACAAUGGACGUGUUGCUCAACACAAAUUCGGCUCUGGGGAGCUAUUACAUGGUCGGAAGAGAAUACAUAAGUGCUACAGUUGACACAGUAUCUGACUCAGCGAAUGAUGCUAUUGCAAUCCUUGAAUAUAAUGGUAACUAUACCACUUCCGAAGCUCCUUUAUUUCCCCAACAAAUUCCCAGUUCCUUAUCCCAAACAGAUGCAUUCAACUUCUACGGAAAUAUUAGAAGCUUAGCCACCCCAGAGUAUCCUAUAAAUGUCCCAAAAAAGAGCGACAUAACUACCAAAAUGUACAUAACAGCUUCCGCCAACGCUCUUUACUGUACUCCAGAUUUAGGUCCCUCAUGCGUAAACAUAUCUUUUGCUGCAAGCGUCAAUAAUAUCAGUUGGGUGAAUCCGAGAGAAUCUAUCUUGCAAGCCUACUACAAGAACAUAAGCGAGCCGGUUUAUGAAACAGAUUUCCCAGACGAACCGCCUGUUUAUUUUAACUUCACUGAAAUAGCGAUGACACUAGAUCGAGUGUUGACAGUCCAAAGGACAAAGGUCAAGGUGCUAGAAUAUAAUGAAACAGUUGAGAUGGUGUUUCAAGGAACUGAUGUGAUGGGAGGUUCCGUGAAUCAUCCAAUGCACUUGCAUGGACAUAGCUUUUAUGUGCUUGGAUUUGGCUUUGGGGAUUUCUUGGCCGAGAGAGACUCAAAAGGUUAUAAUUUGAUUGAUCCUCCUUACGUAACAACGUUUAUAACUCCCAAAAACGGAUGGUUAACCAUAAGAUUUGUAGCGAAUAAUCCAGGUGUGUGGUUUUGGCAUUGUCACAUGGAGAGACACUUGACAUGGGGUAUGGAGUCUGCUUUUAUAGUGAAGAACGGGGGCACAACUGAGACUAAUAUGCUCGGUCCUCCAGCUAUCUUGCCUUCCUGUGAUGUUCCAUUGGAUUCUGCUACAAUCCAAAGUCACGCAGAAUUGAUUAAGAAUCAAAUAGAGUAAUUAAUUGUUCAUGUCAAUCUAUCCUAGUUAAUAAUGAAUUAUUCCACUUAAUUAAUGGGGGGAGA